AUGCGCUUCACCACCCUCUCAACCGCCGCAAUGGCUCUCAUGACCUGCGCGUCCGCGGCCCCAAUCGCCGCGCGCAGCUCUUCCAUCCUCCUUGACUGGACGAAAGAGUCGGCCAUCAAGACCGUCAACUCCCUAAUGGGCCAACUUCCCAUGAAGGCCGAUGUGUGGAAGGUCGAUGACGACGCCGGGGUCGUCGGCGUAAAUUUUGAUCUGGCUAUGCAGGAUCUGGCGAAGACGGGGCUUGUUACGCUGGAGAAUCAUCAGAAUGCGAAGAUUCAUAUGGAAGUUACUAUUGAGGGGUUGGAUUAG